AUGGUGCCACAAGACGCUGCCUCCAGCCCAGGCUUCCCCUAUCAAAGUCCGAGGCCGCGACAAGUGUCCAAGUUGGCCGUCGCUGGGCCUUCCGGAAGCCGAACCGCUCCUCACUCUCCGCAUACGCCCGGUAGCCAAAUCGUCCAGCCCUUCACGCCAGGCAACUUCAACCCGGACGGAAGCCUCAGUGUCGUCCGCAACGACGACGAUGCCAACAACAGUGGACUGCUCGACUUGAGUCCUGCUCUUUCUCGCGUGCUCAAGACAAGACCCAACUUUGGUGGCUCUCCUUCUUCAAAACGACAGCGCGUCUCUUCUUUUCCGCACCACAAGCUCGGCUCGAUCGUAGAUGAUGAGGAAUCAAGCGGACCGGAUAUUUUGCCUCAGCCGCCAAAGCGACGCUUGCCUGCCAAAUCUCGACUCAGCAACCAUGCCACGUUUCCGGAGGUGGUGCAGUCCUCCCAGCCGACAGAAGACUACCUGCAUUCCGACCCUCUAUCAGCGAAUGGGUUUGCUGUCUCCUCCGAUGUUGAGUCCCAAAGUCACAGGGACGCAGCGUCGACCUCACGAUUGAAACAGGCUCAUGAAGCUGGAAUUGCCCUAGACGCAGGAUUGGAAGGAGAAGAGGUCUUACUCGAAGAGGAGGAAACACCCUCGACAUUGAGCCGUCUUCGCAGAUGGCGACAAGAUGCAAUGCAGCAGCAUAUCUACGACACUGCCAUCUUUUGGGGCACUAAGAUAUUGGCGCUAGAAACGACAGAGACCGCGUUCAACGACGCCUACCAUCUGGCGCAGUGCUACUUCUACACACAUCAAUACGCUCGAGCGGAACAACUGCUCACGUCUCCACUUCGGUACGGCGCAUCCCGCUCCUCACAAUCGACGCGUCUCAAUGGUACAGCAACACAUACAGAAAGAGCACCAUCGGCAGCAAAGCACACUGGUGCUGAAGGCUUUCUGGCAUCCGAGAACAUCCAAGAUGACGACGAUGCAUUGCACGAGGUCCUACAGCAAACGCGAUCCUCUUCCAUUCUACCAGCUAGCAUCAUGGCUCGAUCAACAACGAAAGACAGCAUGUACUCCGGCACCUCUUCUACGACUGGCAAACGGAAGAAGCGCGACUUCAAAGUCACAGCUACGGGCACUGGCUCGUCCGAAACCGAUAGCAGCGGCAGAGAUGCCGAUUCCGACGACGAGUUCCUCCGAGAUGCAUCCGCCAAUGGCCGCGAUAGCUCUGUGAUUCUUAGCGAUCCAUCGGAUCCUCGCUCUUCUCCACCAGCGUCGCGUCACACCGAAAGACCAUCUGCCUCAAAGCCGAAUUCCAAAACCGGCAUCGACCUGCAAGCCGACGUGGACGAAGUGAGGAACAGCACCCUCGCGCCCGCCCACGGUACCGUUCUGGUCAAUCACAGUGUCGCCUGUCGCUACCUCGCCGCCCAGUGUCAAGUGCGCCUGGCCAAAUACCACGAGGCGCUCGAGCUGCUCGGCGAAACGGAACAUUGGGGCACGUCGACGAGCAACAAGCGUCCCGCGAGCGACGGCGGCAUCAAGCUCGGCUCUUCCGUCGCCUACCUUCGUGGCCAGAUCUACUUGCGCCUCGAAGACGUGCCCCGGGCGCGCGACGCCUUCAUGGCUGCCCUUGCGCUCGACGUCAAGAAUUACGAGGCCUUCUCCGCGCUCAUCGACGGUGAGAUGCUCGGGACGGAAGAGCAGUGGAACUUCGUUCAGAGUCUUGAGUACGCUGCUCAGGCGGGGGACGAGCCUGGGGCGGUGGAGGACUAUGAGAUGGUUCGACUGCUGUAUACGACGCAGCUAUCCAAACAGGGACGAGGGCUGGUCGAGACGACAGCGGUGGCGCGGCGACGUCUGGCGGAUGAAUUCGGUCUCUCCGACGAUCCAGAUGUGCUCCACGGUCUAGCCUCGGAACUGUUCUCGCGCCUUCGAUUUGCAGACGCCUUCGUGGUGACAUCGCGCAUCCUCGAGUUGGCAGCGGAUCAUCCCGCGACGCUGCCCAUCCACAUCGCCUGCACGUACCAUCUCAAAAACCUGCGUCCAGCGCUGUUCAUGCUGGCACAUCGAUUGACGGAGCUGCAGCCGGAAUCGCCCAUUUCGUGGUACGCCGUGGGGACGUGGUACACCACCACUCGACGAUGGGUCGAAGCGCGACGUUACUUUAGCAAGGCUUCGCUGUUGGACCCGAGGUUUGCGCCUGGGUGGAUCGCCUAUGGUCACACAUUCGCACUGGAGGGGGAGAGCGACCAGGCGAUCAUCGCCUAUUCGACGGCUGCGCGUCUCUUUCCGCAGAGCCACCUACCCAAGCUAUUCGUGGGCAUGGAGCAUUUGCACCAGGACAACUUGUCUCUUGCGCGGCUGUCGCUCGAGGGGUCCGCAGCGAUCUGGUCCGAGGAUCCGCUGUUGGCCAACGAGCGAGGCAUCGUCGCGUUUGAAACGGGCGACCUGGAUGCGGCGAGUGGGUUCUUUUCAACAGCGAUCGAGCUGGCCGCUGCCACGCAGCAUCCGGCAUCCAGCUGGACAGCGAGCUACCUCAAUCUCGGCCUCACACUCAUGCGUCUCGGCCAGGACGCCAAAGCCACCUCGGCGUUUCAAAGCGUGGUAGAGCUCGAUCCGCAUAGCUACCAAGCACAUCUUUGCUUGGGCAUGAUCGCACACAAGCGCGACGAGCUGGACGAUGCGAUCCAGCACUACCACGAGGCGCUCUCGAUCCAACCGCGGGACGUGUACGCCACCGAACUGCUGGAUUUCGUGUUGGAGGAGAAGGUGCAUUACGGCGUGAACAGGUUCGUCAAGUACGAUCCGAGUGGCAGGUUGAGCAAGGGCAAGGGGAAGGGGAGGAUGGUCGAAGCGGAAGAGAGGAGAGGAUUGGAGGUGAUUCCGGAAGCUGCGUCGCCUUCAUUGCGCUCUGUCCAGCAGAGCUUUCGACAGGAUGUGAGCUUGGGACAGUCGAUCAGCUCGUCACGCCCAAGGUACGCGGCGAGCCUUUUCCCGCCGGCAGGGCUUCCAGAUGCGUCCGCCGUGUCGGGAGGCGACAUGAGCAUGGACCAUUCGCGGUCGGAGCAAGACCUCUCGAGGCAGGAUCAGAGCAGUGUGCUCAUGGACGAGUCCACGUCCUAA